ACUUGACUGUAGUGCAGUGGAAACACAGGGACAGCAGCAGUCGAGGCGUGGGUGAGUGAAUAUCAUGGGAUAUGCCCUCAGCGAAUGAACUACAGCAGUCUGGAGCUUCAUCCCAGAGCGCGCAGACGUCUGCUGCUGAACAUCACUGGACGAUACAACAGCACUGAAACUGAGACUACACGAUCCUGAUUUAAAGUUUAGAAUAAUGAGAGUGGAUUUUUCUGCUAGUUGGAUAUUUCAAGGAUGGAUCACACACUUGGUUCUUGCUCUGUGCAUGCAGGCAGGACUGGCCAUGAUCUGCCAACAAAAUGAAUAUGAGCACAACGGGGGAUGCUGCGGAAAAUGUGAACCAGGGAAAUACGUUUUUGCCCAUUGCGACGGCAGCUCGAGCACAAAGUGCCGCGUUUGUGGCCUUGAAGAAUACCAGCCGCACUGGAACAGUGACACUAAAUGUAUUCCUCAGAAGUUCUGCGACGAGGGUAAAGGAUUUAACCGCACUCGUUUACACAACCCUACAGCGGAUGAACCUUGUCAGUGCAAGCAGGGUUUCCACUGCUCUCUGAUCAACUGCGAAUACUGUGAGGCCAUUCAAAAAUGUCCUGCAGGAGAAGGAAUCGUAAUGGGGGAGACGGGCAGAGCUUCCUGUGUACCUUGUCAAUAUGGAUAUUUCUCAGAUUCCAUAUCAAUAGAAGCCUGCAAGAAAUGGACAGAUUGUAAAGCUAUCGGCAAGACCGAGAAACAGCCAGGAAGCUCUAAGACAGAUGUGGUGUGUGGAGUCCAUUCUCCUGGCAUGACACCCUGGGUGCUGGUGGCCAUCCUCGCGGUCAUCAUUGUGGUGUCCCUGGUUGUUCUCUUCUUGUUUUGCUGCAAGGAUAAGCUGAACUUCCUCUCAGUAAAUCUACGCACUUGCGUCCAAAACCUGAAAGGAAGUAGGAACCAACAGGAGACUGGGACUUCAUACCACUGUGGCAACGGUCCACAAACCCUCCCUCUGAUUUGCCAAGAACUAACUCCCCCAGAGCCCCUGAUCACACAUCCCAGCGCCCAAUUAACCAUUCUUGAUGAAACCUCGACUUCCACGGACCGCGAGCAGGACCAGGACCGAGCCGAAACCUCAUCGGGCAGCUCCAGCGAGGACUCCGGAGUUGGAUCUGUGUCUCCUCUGUCAGGCAGCUCCUGCAGCUGUGCGCUUCCCUUGAAGGAGCCCAUGGAGGUCGGAGAGAACGAGGACUGCAGUCAGCUGGUGGCCACGGGUUUGGCGACAUGCUGCUCCUGCAGGACAGGAGACGCCAUUGGAGAAAACAGGCAGACCGUCGACCUGAAAGAACCUCUGCUGUGUGAGAGCUGCUCGUCAGACGUCCUGCCAGCCUGCGAUCACGUGGGUCUGCAGCGCUCCCAGGAACUCUGUCUGGACUAUAGCAGCCCUGCCGGCAAAGAAGCCAUGUCAGAGAUGAGAGGCAUCUAUGGAGAGAGAGGUCCGGUUGAAGAGCUGUAUAGACAGAACGAACCUUGUUGCUGCAGCAUAGACUCCACCACCGUCCCACCUCUGUCAUCGGUCAGCUCUAAUGAACAGGGCCUUUCACUGAUCCACAGCGGUGACCACAAACUGUCGGACCCCGAUGCAGACUUCCAGAACCAGUGCUCAGAAUCCACUCUCACAUCUGGUCAGGUGACAGGAAACAACAACACUACUUUUAUCUCCAGCGGGCAGGUGAUGAACUUCAGCGGUGAGGUCAUCGUGGUGUACGUCAGUCAAACGUCCCUGGGGAGCAGCGAAGGAGCAGACGAACCCUUCAGCUGCCCGGUUCAGGAACAAUCCAACGAUGACAGUUUUCAAAGUGAGCCCAAAUCUAACAAAACCACAACACCGCAGGCCAAGAGCCGGAACGGACAGCUGGAAAAACACCUGCCCGUGCAGGAAAUGACCAACGACUGCUCCUGGCAGAAAUAAAAAGCAGCAAACAUUUCCUACUAGACUGGAAUUGACUUUGUCUCUUUUUCAAAUGAUUCUCAUUGGUUAAUGACGGGCAUUCGACAGCCCGUAUAGCAACUAGAGUGCUAUUUCAUGAAAAAUGCUGUGCAUUUGUUUAUAUCGUAUAAAUGAGCUACUUCUUUUCGGUUUUGCGGUUUCAGCUUUGAGAGGAUCUCGCCGAUGCUAUAAUGAUCGGAUGACAGUAAAAGUCAAGAACAUUGACCCCAGAAUGUCUCAUUUUCAGACAAACUCUAUGUUGAGGAGCCAAAUAAAGAGCGGCUUGGUGCGACAAGAAGCCGAACUCGGGCCAAAGACGAUGAAAACCCAGCCAGAUAAAGCACAAACACAUCCACCACAACACAACCACCGUGUUUUUCACCGUCCCUUUCUCGUGGCCUUCUGAAAUUAAGCAAUCAUACCGUACCUGAUUGCAAGAACCAUUUUAGGAUGAUGGUUAAAAGUUAGUAAAGUGGAAAUGAGAAAUGGGGAUGCUGAUUUGUGGUGUCUGUAUUUUCUAAAUAGCGUAAUUUGUAAAUGUUAAUCAUUUUUUGGGUUAUUUAUCGUGCUGAUUUUGUGCCUGGCAAGUCAGUCUGACUGGAGCAGAAUAUCACAAACAUUAUUCACAAGCAUUCAAUGUAAAUCAACUUUCGGAGACAUGAGUAGUGAUUUUCUCCACCCAUUACUGUAAAUAAAGCUUGUUUGUAUGAAAACAUUUCUUUCCCUUAAAUGAGAGUGUGAUGGUAUGAGAAAGGAAUUUGGGUUAGUGAUAAGCAGUGUUUAUUGCUUGUGCAUCACUAACCACAUGUGUGGUAAAACCUCUGUAUUCGAGUAAAACCAAUGUUGACAUAAAGCCUUCAUAAAUAGCGGUGAAUGGCUACCAGCUGUCGCGAGCUCAAUGCAAACAUGUACUCAGGAGCGCAAUGUUUAGCCACUUGAGGUGAGAAUUCCACCAAAGGCUGCUGGAUGUUUAGCCGUGAUUGGAAUAAUCACGAGUCUGCGAUGGCAACAGAAACAAACACCGAGUUCUGUCUGUUUUUAAUGUGUGGUUCUGCUCAGAGAGCCGGCUUCAGGCACGCUUGGUGACGCGUGACUAGCGAUGGCUGUUGAGUUGUCCUGCCAUCUAGUGGAAUGCUACUGAAUCCUGAAGGCAAAUCCAUUUACAAAAAAAUAAUAAACAUGACAAAGAC